UUUGUCUUGGCUAAAUCUGAAUUCGAAUGGAUGUGUAACAAGUGAUGGAACACCUGCGUUGUGAGGCAACUAUAUCACAGCCAUGACGGAUUCUCUCUUCUGCAUCGCAGACUCACUCGUAGCAAAGCUCGCUUCUCAUGCAUUCACAGAAGCUUCUAGAGUUCUUGGUGUCUACAAAGACCUCCAAGAUGUUAACCGCACUCUCUCCAUUGUUAAGGCUCUGUUGUUGGACGCCGAGCGUAGAUGCAGAGUCGAUGCAGCUGUCCGUGAAUGGCUUCACCAGCUGCAAUGGAUCUUCAAUGAUGCUCAAGACUUGAUGGAUGAGAUCGAAUAUGCUGCGAUUCGAAAGCAAGUUGCCAAAGUUCAUGGAAGUUCUACCUUCGUUACGAAGAUAGGUAACCUCUUUUCAAGAUCUAAUCCACUUAUCUUCCGUUUUAAGAUGACUCAAAGAAUCAAAGAAGUUAAGGGGAAGUUAGAUAAGAUUGCUGCUGAUAGGGACAGGUUUGGGCUUCAUAUAGUUCAUGAUGAUAACCGCGUCGUGCAUAGGAAGGAAACAAGAACAACUCACUCCCAUGUGAAUGCUUCCGAUGUUAUUGGAAGGGAGAAGGACAAAGAAAGAAUCAUUGAGCUUUUGAUGGAAAAUGGUAGCAAAAGUGUUCUUUCCAUUGUGGGUGUUGGAGGAGUGGGAAAAACUACAGUUGCCAAACUUGUGUUCAAUGAUGUGAGGAUUGCCCAGUCUUUCAGAUUAAGAAUAUGGGUAUAUGUUGAUCAGGAGUGUGGAGACUCUUCAAAAAGUAAGCAUGUGAUUAGUAAAAUCAUUGAUUUUCUGAAUUAUUCAACUUCUAGUUUUGCUAAUGCUCUUGGCAAUCUAGACAUGGAGAUACUGAAGAAUCAGUUGAAAGAUAAACUUGCCAAUAAGAAGUUCCUCCUGGUCUUGGAUGAUGCAUGGUUCCAUGAUCGAAUUCAAUGGACUGAACUAAGGGAUUUGAUUUGGUUAGAUGCAGCCAAAGGAAGUAAAAUUUUGGUGACUACCCGGAGCAGACAAACAGCUUCGAUUAUGAGUACUAUUAGUCCUCACCACUUUUUGGAUAGUCUUUCAGAGGAGAAUUCAUUGUGUUUAUUUGUUAAAUGGGCAUUUAGGGAAGGAGCUGAAAGAAGGUAUCCAGAUUUGAUUGAAAUUGCAAAGGACAUCACCAAAAAAUGUCAUGGGAAUCCUUUGGCAUUGGUAACACUGGCAAGUUCAUUGUUUGGCAAUGUUGACAAAGAUAAAUGGAUAAGUUUGAGAGAUAGUGAGAUCUGGCAAGACGAAAAUCAGCUUGGUUUUUCUGCAUUUGACAUUUCUUAUGAUCAAUUGCCAUCAUAUUUGAAACAAUGUUUUGCUCUGUUCGCUCUUUACCCAAUCAAUUAUGUGUUUGAUAGUUUUCAUGUUGCUUCCCUUUGGAGUGCACUUGGUCUCCUUCCAUUAGAAAGCAACAAUCAAAUACUGAAACAUGGUCCUAAUCAGUGCUUGAAUGAACUACAAUCUAGAUCUUUUCUUGAAGAUUUUGUGGAUUAUGGAACUGGUUCUACUUUCAAACUACAUGGUCUUGUGCAUGAUUAUGCAAAGUCUGUUGCAAGACCAUACUCUCAUAUCAUAAAUUCUAGCUUUGGAUCCCGCCACCGCUGGAUUGUUCGAAAUGCCUCUUUCCUAAGUAAUGAUGUCACCACCAUAUCCGCAACAGCUAGAACCAUACUAUUUCCCAUUGCCGGAGUGGGAGCUACUAGUAUGGAUCUCUUGAAUGCAUUGGCAUCAAGGUGCAAAUACUUGCGAUUUUUGGAUUUAAGUGACUCUACCUAUGAGACCUUACCUCAAUCCAUUGGUAACCUGAAGCAUUUAAGAUAUCUAAGUCUUGAAAAUAACAAAAGCUUCAAGAAACUUCCUGAUUCUAUUUGCAGGCUACACAACUUGGAAGUUUUGAUACUUAGUGGAUGUGCCAAGCUUGAGGCAUUGCCUAAAGGUCUAGGAAACUUGAUCAGUCUUAGGCAUUUGGAGAUAACCACAAAUCUACAUUGUUUGCCAGAGGAUGAUAUUGCAAGGUUGAGUUCACUUCAAACUCUAAGAGUUGAAUCAUGCAAAAAUCUUAAGUCUUUGUUUGCAAAAACAAGACUUCCAAGUCUUAGAGUAUUGGUUGUUUCUGGCUGUAGUAGUCUAAGGUCUCUGCCACUUGAUAUUGAACAUUUUCCUCUGUUAGAUACUUUGGUAGUUGAUAAUUGUGACAAGCUAGAAUUAUACAGAGGGACAUAAUGAUCAAAAUUCCAAUUUGAGGUUAAAGGUUCUACAUUUUGUAUCUAUGCCAAAUUUGGUGACCUUGCCCCAGUGGCUUCAAGGAUCUAGGAAGACAUUACAGUAUUUGUUGGUUUCAAGCUGCAUCAAUCUUGUGGUGCUUCCUGAGUGGCUACCAACUAUGAAACACUCAGCUGCAAGUUGGAGAAUGUUCACACCAGCAAACAACCAUUGUUGAAACAGCAGAAAUAGAAGAAGUGGUAGAAGUAGAAUUGAAGUAAGAUCAUAAGUUCGAGGUUGCAAUUAAGUCAUCUAUUGCAUAUACCUUGUUGACAAUUGAACACUCAAUCUGGUUUGUUAUCUUGGAAAGACUCAAACACAGAAGAAACUCUAGAUUGUAAAUCAUCAAGUGGCUUGUGACAUUUCAAAAGGACAAAGAAACCAUGAAACAUCAAAUUUUUACUUUAUCAUUUGGAUGUAACAGAACAAUUGUGCCUUUAUAAUUUAUAUGUUUUCAAUGGUCUCUAAGUAUCAAAGAAUAUUCUUGUUUUCUUCCACUACAAGAACAAUGUUCAUAAUUAAUAAUUUCAGGCAAAUGCUUAUUUUGUAAUAUA